GAAUCGAACAAAGUAGCUUAUUAUGGUGUGAGCUUUAACCCGUAUGACCCACGCGAUGAAACCGUCUUUGCCGCCGUGGGUGGUCGAAGUGUAAUUAUCGCUCAAUUUGAUAGCUCUAAAUCUGUAUCUCUCGAGGUGUUACAAACUUAUGUGGACGAGAAUACAGAUGAAAAUUUUUAUUGUUGCGCAUGGUCUUUUGAUCCAAAUACUGGUGCACCUUGGCUUGCUGUUACUGGUGCUCAGGGUAUUAUUAAAAUUAUAGACUCUAGUGUUGGCAAUGUAGUACGGGAAAUCAAUGAAAUUAAAUUUCAUCCAAGAAAACCAACAUUAUUAUUCUCGGCCAGCAAAGAUUUUUCUGUGCGAUUAUGGAAUGUAAUGACUUGUAUGCCUAUUUUGGUUUUUGGUGGUGAAUGCGGUCAUCGUGAACCUGACGUACAUUUAUCUGGAGAUUUCUUGGCUUCUUCUGGAAUGGACCAUGCUGUUAAAAUCUGGUCACUAUGUACACCAGUGGUCAGGAAUACCAUCGAGUCUUCCUUAAAACCUACACAAUAUUCACGUCCUCAACCAUCUUCAUCUAGGCAACCAACAUGCUGUAGAACACAUGGAAAACCGUCAGCUCCUGUAUUCGUACAUUUUCCUAUUUACUCAACGGCUCAAUUGCACAAUAAUUAUGUUGAUUGUGUAAGAUGGUACGGUGACUUAUUAUUUUCAAGAUGUGCGGCUGAUGCAACAAUUAUAUUAUGGAAGCCUAGUGUCGAAUUGAUAGCGAAUGACAACUCUAAUGUUACAACUACUAUUGUUGGCGGACCUGCUCAAUCAUCAAGCUACGAUAUAGUUUGCGAAUUUGAAUUUGAUCAUUGUGACAUUUGGUUUCUUAGAUUUGGUAUUUCUCCAGACUUCCAACAACUUGCAACAGGAAAUCAAAUUGGACAAAUUUUUUUGUGGGAUUUACAAGAGAUUCCAUUACUUAUUGACAAAUAUAUCGAUAAAAAAAAGUCCAAAAAUACAGGAACUAAUAAAAAGGAAAAAGUUACAAUGAAAAAGAAAGGAAAUGGAUCAAAUGGUGGAAACGGUAAAAAAUCUGCUUCAGGUGCGAAUACUCAUACUACUGAUUCCAAUGGUGGUUCUACUUCCUCUGAUUCAGGUAAUCACGCUAGCGAUAAUUUGAAUCCAGAAAAAGUCGAAAGGAAAGAAUGUAAACCAUCGGUACUAGGUGUAGAAUCAUGUGAUAGUACAAUAAGACAAAUUGCAUUUUCGAAAAACAGAAAUUGGAUGGUUGCGGUCUGUGAUGAUGCGACCAUUUGGUGUUGGAAAAUGAAUAGAGAAGUUCAGCAAGCUGGAAAUAGCAGAUACGAUCCAAUGGUUAUAGAUGACUAA